AUGUCUGACAAGCAUUUCUUCCCAGAGACUGCAGCCAACACACUUGUCCCCCGCUAUUUGAGGGCACUGACGGCUGCGAACCCUCACCUAUCUCUGAUAGAGUCGGAGAGGGUCGUAUACUCUACUCACCAUGACCCGAGCACAGUAUCAGUGAUCAGUGGCGGAGGCUCUGGCCAUGAGCCAGGCUGGUCUGGCUUCGUGGGCGAAGGUGCAUUGUCGGCAGUAGCUUGUGGUGAUAUAUUUGCGUCUCCAAGUACGAAGCAAGUCCUGGCAGCGAUGAAAGCUGCACCCUCCACCGAAGGGACGCUGCUCAUGAUCACAAACUACACGGGCGAUAAGCUGCACUUCGGACUGGCUGCUGAAAGGGCCAAGGCCGAGGGAUUGUCCAAGAAAGUGGCUGUGAUCCCUCUCACAGACGAUGUGUCGCUUGGGAGGAGCAAAUCCAGCGUUGUGGGCAGACGAGGCUUGCCAGGACAUGUCAUCCCCAUGAAAAUCGUCGGUGCCGCUGCUGCGAACAAAUACAGUUUCGAGCGAUGCGUGGACCUUGCAAAGGCCGUGAAUUCCCAAGUCGUUUCGAUCGGCUCCGCCCUCGACCAUUGCCAUGUUCCCGGCCGUCAAAAGCACGAGAGUUUGCCUGCAGAUGUUGUUGUCGUUGGCGCUGGCAUUCACAAUGAGCCUGGCGCGCAACGUCUUACACCAUUCCCGCCUGUGGAAGACCUCAUUAGCUAUUGCUUGAAGCUUCUAUGCGACCAGAACGAUUCAGAAAGAGCCUUUGUGGAGUUCAACGCAGGAGACGAAGUUGUACUGUUGGUCAACAAUUAUGGGGGCCUUUCGAAUCUAGAGCUGGGGGCUCUGACAGAUGAGGCCAUCACUCAAUUAGGCUCCAAAUGGAACAUUAACCCAACCAGAAUCCUCUCUGGUCACUUUGAGACAUCACUCAACGCACCUGGAUUCUCUAUAUCUCUCUGCAACUUAACACUAGCUUCCCAAGAGUCUUCGACCAAAGUAGCUGAGCUACUCGACCUACUUGACUCGCGAACAAGUGCUGUCCAUUGGCCUAACAUCUCAGCCCCCAUAAAGCAGAACAACUCUUCUCCCACGUCAAUAGAGACAAAUGGAACUGACAGGCCGAAGUUCUUAGCAGAGGAUGACAUUAAAGCCGAUCCGAAUCUGCUAGACGCCAUCAUUCGUGCUGGCUGUAAGGCGGCCAUCGCAGCCGAGCCGGAUUUGACGAACUGGGAUAUGGUGAUGGGCGACGGCGACUGCGGUGAAGCAGUCCAAGGCGUAUCUGAAGCUAUCAUCAAGAAUUUGGACAGCGGUAUCGCCAAGAAAGGGUCUAUUUUGGAAUUCCUGUUCUCAACAACAGACGCUGUAGACGACAUGGGCGGCAGUCUCGGAGCUAUCCUGGGAAUUCUGCUCUCAGCAUUCACGUCGUCUUUGCAAGAACUGGUGAAAACCAAAGGCUCGCCGCCAGACUCAUCCACGUAUGCCCAAGCACUUGCGCAGGCGCUUACGAUUCUGAAGAAAUACACUGGCGCCCGUGAAGGUGACCGAACUGUCAUGGAUGUCCUGCUGCCCUUUUCUGACGCGUUUGCCGAGACCAGUGACUUCCACGCUGCUGUACAAGUGGCGAAGGAAAAGGCGGAGGGAACGCGUUAUCUAAAGGCCAAGUUCGGACGUGCUUCAUAUGUCGCGGAAGCCCAAGGACAGGAGCUUCCAGAUCCUGGUGCAUGGGCUUUCUACGAAUGGCUGAAGGGGAUGUCGAGGGCAAUUAAACUGUUCAAUUCAUGA